CGCGAGAAGAUGCUCGCCAAAGAAAACCGAGAGCUCAAGAGCAAGGUCGACGAGUUCAAGGACAAGAUCACAGACCUGGAGGCCAAAUUGGCAGAUGUGCGCAUCGGCAACUCCGGCUUGAACAUGAAUCAGAACGCUACAAACCUGAGCAAUACAGCUGGACAUAUGGGAGACGUCACGAACAACAACAACACUUAUGUGUUCUUCGCUAAUGCUCAUAACUCCGCUCCGGCACCCACUCCUACUGCCGACUCUGCUACUGCUCGUCGUACUGAUCGUCAACCUAUCCGACCGCCUUAGUACCGGCAGAACUGUUGGCGUAGGUGCAACCGCACCUAUUGCAAAUAUCUCCACGCUGACCAGAUGGAGCUCUACGCCAAUCUCAUCCCCACCCUUCCCAGGCGGGGAAGGCGUGCUAGAUAACCAAUCGAGGCAUAUGCCGGGUCUCCAUCAUGUGGUGGAUAUGUAUGAUAUGUCUUUGUUGGGAUCCUGGAAAAUUAUGACCCGU